CGUGACAUAAACCCCAACAGACUUUUAUUUUAAGUAAAUUGGUGCCACAGGAAGUUGCUCAGUGUUGCAUCUGUUAAAUCAACAGUCGUUGGUAAAAACGAAGCGAGUAGCUGCCUUUCGCAGAACAUUCGAGAGGUUUUCAAAACCCCGAGGAUUGUUCCAGACCACCUUUUACCGUCUCGGAGCCUGGGAUCUGCACUGUUCGGACGCUUCGGAGUAUUUAACCGUGGACCUUUUGAGAGCCAUACCAUUUAGAGACCCUGCUGCAAUCGAUACAGCACCAGCUAUCGACCACCGUUCACUGCGGCAAUAGGACGAUCAGCGUUGUGUUUAUGUCUUUGUUUUGCGAAAACGAGCUGUUGCGCAGCCGUUGGAACCUGUGUGGUGGAAAUCUAGCCUUCAAGCAAGGAGCUUGCAGCCAUAGCGGCACAGCGUUUUUCAUGUCAGAGACCGAGCACGCUUGCAGUCGUUUAUGUCAUCCCCUCUUUUCCAGACAGAAGAUCCCAAAAAAUCCCCAACCAAGAUCUUUUUAUCUUGCUGAUAGUACUAACAUCCAGCCAAAAUGUCUGUCAACGUCAACCGCAGCGUGUCAGACCAGUUCUAUCGCUACAAGAUGCCCCGUCUGAUUGCCAAGGUUGAAGGCAAAGGAAAUGGAAUCAAGACGGUCAUUGUCAACAUGGUUGAUGUUGCAAAGGCUCUGAACAGGCCUCCAACAUAUCCAACCAAGUUUUUUGGUUGUGAACUCGGCGCUCAGACCCAGUUUGAUACCAAAAACGAUCGUUACAUCGUCAAUGGAUCCCACGAGGCGAACAAGUUGCAGGAUAUGCUUGAUGGGUUCAUCAGAAAAUUUGUGCUGUGUACCGAGUGUGACAACCCUGAAACUGACCUGCAUGUCAAUCCCAAGAAACAAACCAUUGGCACUUCCUGUAAGGCCUGUGGAUACCGUGGCAUGCUAGACACCAGACACAAACUCUGCACGUUCAUCCUCAAAAACCCACCAGAGAGCAAUGAUAGUGGGUCUGCAUCUGCAAAGAAAGAGAAGGAGAAAAAGAACCGCAAGAAGGACAAGGAGAACGGCUCUGGCAGCAGCGAGGCUGGAAACCGUGACGACAUUGAUGCUCCUGAGGCUGUGGAUGGAGAUGACGACGAUGGGGACUGGGCAGAGGACACUACAGAGGAAGCACAGAGGCGACGAAUGGAAGAGAUUAGUGACCACGCCAAGAACCUCACACUCAGCGAGGAUCUAGAGAAGCCCCUGGAGGAGAGGGUCAACCUUUUCUACAGCUAUGUGAAACAAAAGAAGGAGAGUGGAGUCAUUGAUGGGGCUGAUAAGGAGAUCUUGGCUGAAGCAGAGCGUCUGGAUGUGAAGGCCAUGGGCCCCCUCAUCCUCAGUGAGCUGCUCUUCAAUGAGAACAUCCGUGAGCAGAUCAAGAAGUACAAGCGCCACUUCCUGCGGUUCUGCCACAACAACAAAAAAGCCCAGAAGUAUCUGCUGGGAGGCUUCGAGUGUGUUGUGAAGCUGCAUCAGGUCCAGCUGCUGCCGCGCGUUGCCAUCAUCCUCAAAGAUCUGUACGACGCCGACCUGCUGGAAGAGGACGUCAUAUUCGCCUGGGCAGAGAAGGUUUCUAAGAAAUAUGUCUCCAAGGAACUUGCCAAAGAGAUCCAUGCCAAGGCUGCUCCUUUUGUCAAAUGGCUGAAGGAGGCUGAGGAGGAGAGUGAGGGGAGUGAAGAAGAAGAUGAGGAAGAUGAGAAUGUGGAGGUGGUGUACUCGUCCUCUGCCCACAAGCUGAAAGUGGAGACCGUGAAACCAGAAACACCUGAGAAAGAAGAGGAUGACAUCGACAUUGACGCGAUCUGAGAGAUUCAGAUGAUGAUGCUUGUGUUGUGGCUUUGAUUCACAAUGUAUGACCUAAAUGCCUGGCCUUUUCAUCCUUGACCACCUUCCCUCCUCACCCACCCCUCUGCUAGCCCUCUGCUUUAUGGCAUGACUUAAUAUAGCGCUUUACUUGCUGCUCAGUAUCUGUAAUUUUGAGAUGUAUUUGGUCGAAUUAAAUGAAGUCGCUUUGGGGAUUUUAAACGUGGGUGUUUUGGGAUCAGUUUGACUGCACCUUUUCUUUUUUUUCCUGUUUUUGGGGGGGCAGUUCCUUGUAUUUUUCCAGUAAAUAAAGAAUGUUUUGCUAUCCACCACA